AAACACACAGAUAGCUAUAUAGAUAGACAGACAGAAAGACAGGAAAGACAGUUACUAUACCCCAUUAAACACACAGAUAGCUAUAUAGAUAAACACAGAGAUAGCUAUAUAGAUAAACACACAGAUACUGUACCUCAGUUAAACACAUAGAUAGCUAGAUAAAUAGACAGAUACUAUACCCCAGUCACACACACACACACAGUGCAGGACGAUGGGCUGUGUCUCCGAUUUCUUCACCUACGAAACGACCAAAUCUGUGGUGGUGAAGAGCUGGACCAUCGGCAUCAUCAACAGAGUCGUGCAGCUCCUGAUCUUCACUUACUUCGUGGGGUGGGUGUUCCUGCAUGAGAAGGCCUAUCAGAACAGAGACACCGCGCUGGAGUCCUCGGUCAUGACGAAGGUCAAGGGCUUCGGAGUCUACAACGACCGCAUCAUGGACGUAGCCGACUUCGUCACACCCACACAGGUGACAUCAAUUUUCUGCGUUAUCACAAAGCUGAUCACAACCGAAAACCAAGUGCAGGGAUACUGUCCCGAGAGCGAGCCGAAGUACAAGUGCAAGUCUGACUCUGACUGCAGCAGAUACCUGGGAACAUCGGAGGAAAACGGUAUAAAGACUGGUCGUUGUGUCGGGUAUAACAACACUUUCAAGACUUGUGAGAUCCGAGGCUGGUGUCCGGCAGAGAUCGACUCUGUGGCCAUAGAGCCCAUGCUAGAGGCUGAAAACUUUACCAUCUUCAUCAAAAACAGCAUUCGCUUCCCCAUGUUCAACUUCACCAAGGGGAAUCUGCUUCCUAAUAUCACUCAGUCCUACAUAAAGAGCUGUAACUUCGACCCCAUCAACAACAUCUAUUGUCCCAUCUUCAGACUGGGAGAUGUGGUGAGAUUCGCUGGGGAGGACUUCUACAAACUCGCCAACAAGGGUGGAGUCAUUGGUAUUAAGAUUGGUUGGAUCUGUGAUCUUGAUCAGUCCGAUGAUAACUGCAACCCCUCGUACUCCUUCACCAGACUGGACAGCGUGUCAGCGAAAACCAGCGUGUCCCCCGGAUACAACUUCAGGUACGCCAAAUAUUUCAAAAUGGAGAACGGGACAGAGUACCGCACUCUGCUGAAAGCGCACUCCAUUCGAUUCGACGUGCUGGUCUACGGGAACGCUGGAAAAUUCAACAUGAUCCCGACGCUGAUCAAUAUAGUGACAGCCUUCACUUCUGUCGGAGUGGGUACCGUGCUGUGUGACCUCAUCCUCCUGAACUUCCUGAAAGGAGCCGAUCAGUACAAGGCAAAGAAGUUUGAAGAGGUAACGGAGAGCCAGAUAAAGACCGCGAUUUCAACGAGCAACGAAAUUUACAAAAGCACCCAGACGCUGUCACUCCGAUACGACGAGAAGCAGUCCACAGACUCAGGGGCUUAUUCUAUUGGGCUGUAGGCUUUACGGACAGGUCGUGCAGCCAAUAGGAAGGAUUUCAAAUAUAUAUAUAUAUAUUUGCAGACAGACAGUGUCACACAAUUUUGUUUUACUGCUCUUAAUAAUAAUAAUAAUAAUAAUAAUAAUAAUAAUAAUAAUAAAUUCUUCAGUGUAAAUUCAAUGGCAAACGUUUCCACUAGAAGUCUCUCUCAGUGUCUUCAGUGUGAAUUCAAUGGCAAACGUUUCCACUAGAAGUCUUUCUCAGCGUCUUCAGUGUAAAUUCAAUGGCAAACGUUUCCACUAGAAGUCUUUCUCAGCAUCUUCAGUGUAAAUUCAAUGGCAAACGUUUCCACUAGAAGUCUCUCUCAGCGUCUUCAGUGUAAAUUCAACGGCAAACGUUUCCACUAGAAGUCUCUCUCAGCGUCUUCAGUGUUUCAAUUAGAAACCAUUGAAUUUACACUGACAGUGACUUCCAUGUCAUGCAUCUAUGACUGGGACCAGUAACGAGUCUCCUGGCCUCUUAUUCCCAGUUAGACAGGGAGGUGUACUGCAUUGUAUAUUGUAUAAAGCCAUAUUUAACCACAAGCCUCUGUCCAGCUGGCAGAGUUUGCUUCUUCAGAGAGUAAAAGCACAAAUUAUUGCAUGCAUGCCUAAUACAGAAAUAGAUAGAUAGAUAGAUAGAUAGAUAGAUAGAUAGAUAGAUAGAUAGAUAGAUAGAUAGAUAGAUAGAUAGAUAGAUAGACAGACAGAUAGAUAGAUAGAUAGAUACCCAUGUAACACUAUAUAUUACUUUGUAUUGUAGAUGGUUUAUAGCCUUGCAAUAGCCACAGACGGGAUCACAGUGUUAUAAAGGGGACAGCUUUGUUCUCUGGGAUGUUUAAAUGUAAUUCUGUCUGUGGCUAUUGCACGGUUAUAAACCAUCUAUAAUGCUUUAUCAACACGACACUGAUAUAUAACGUAUAUAGGCCACUUUAUUGGGGAUUCCCUAAUAAAAUGGCCAAUGUUCCUAAUAAAAUGGCCAGUGUUCCUAAUAAAAUGGCCAGACCCUCGCUAGUUUGGUUGCUGCACAGUAAUAUAAAUAUAUAGAUGGAUAGAUAGACAGAUAGACAGACGGAUGGUUGGAUGGAUAGAUAGACAGAUAGAUGGAUGGAUGGAUGGAUGGAUAGAUAGAUAUAGAUGGAUGGAUUGAUGGACAGAUAGAUGGAUGGAUGGAUGGAUGGAUAGAUAGAUAUAGAUGGAUGGAUUGAUGGAUGGAUGGAUGGAUAGAUAGAGAUAUAGAUGGAUGGAUUGAUGGACAGAUAGAUGGAUGGAUGGAUGGAUAGAUAGAGAUAUAGAUGGAUGGAUUGAUGGACAGAUAGACAGAUAGAUGGAUGGAUGGAUGGAUGGAUGGAUAGAUAGACAGAUAGAUAGACAGAUAGCUAGAUGGAUGGAUGGAUGGAUGGAUGGAUGGAUGGAUGGAUGGACAGAUAGCUAGAUGGAUGGAUGGAUGGAUGGAUGGAUGGAUGGAUGGAUGGAGAUAUAGAUAGAUGGAUGGAUGGACAGAUAGACAGAUAGAUGGAUGGAUGGAUGGAUGGAUAGAUAGAUGGAUGGAUAGAUAGACAGAUAGCUAGAUGGAUAGCUAGAUGGAUGGAUGGAUGGAUGGACAGAUAGCUAGAUGGAUAGCUAGAUGGAUGGAUGGAUGGAUGGAUGGAUGGAUGGAUGGAUAGAUAGACAGAUAGCUAGAUGGAUAGCUAGAUGGAUGGAUGGAUGGAUGGAUGGAUGGAUGGACAGAUAGAUAGACAGAUAGAUAGACAGAUAGCUAGAUGGAUGGAUGGAUGGAUGGAUGGAUGGAUAGAUGGAUAGAUAGACAGAUAGAUAGACAGAUAGCUAGAUGGAUGGAUGGAUGGAUGGAUGGAUGGAUGGAGAUAUAGAUAGAUGGAUGGAUGGACAGAUAGACAGAUAGAUGGAUGGAUGGAUGGAUGGAUGGAUAGAUAGAUGGAUGGAUAGAUAGACAGAUAGAUAGACAGAUAGCUAGAUGGAUGGAUGGAUGGAUGGAUGGAUGGAUGGAUGGAUGGAGAUAUAGAUAGAUGGAUGGAUGGACAGAUAGACAGAUAGAUGGAUGGAUGGAUGGAUGGAUAGAUAGAUGGAUGGAUAGAUAGACAGAUAGCUAGAUGGAUAGCUAGAUGGAUGGAUGGAUGGAUGGAUGGAUGGACAGAUAGCUAGAUGGAUAGCUAGAUGGAUGGAUGGAUGGAUGGAUGGAUGGAUGGAUGGAUGGAUGGAUGGAUGGAUAGACAGAUAGCUAGAUGGAUAGCUAGAUGGAUGGAUGGAUGGAUGGAUGGAUGGAUGGACAGAUAGAUAGACAGAUAGCUAGAUGGAUGGAUGGACAGAUAGACAGAUAGAUGGAUGGAUAGAUAGAUGGAUGGAUAGAUAGACAGAUAGAUAGACAGAUAGCUAGAUGGAUAGCUAGAUGGAUGGAUGGAUGGAUGGAUGGAUGGAGAUAUAGAUAGAUGGAUGGAUGGACAGAUAGACAGAUAGAUGGAUGGAUAGAUAGAUGGAUGGAUAGAUAGACAGAUAGAUAGACAGAUAGCUAGAUGGAUGGAUGGAUGGAUGGAUGGAUGGAGAUAUAGAUAGAUGGAUGGAUAGAUGGAUGGAUGGAUGGAUGGAUUGAUAGAGAGAGAUAGACAGAUAGGAUAGAUAGAGAUAAAAUAGAUAGACAGAUAGAUGGAUGGAUGGAUGGAGAUAUAGAUGGAUGGAUGGAUGGAUGGAUAGAUAGAUAGAUAGACAGACAGACAGACAGACAGACAGACAGACAGACAGACAGAUAGAUGGGUGGGUGGAUAGAUAGAGAUAUAGAUAGAUGGAUGGAUAGACAGAUAGAUGGAUGGAUGGAUGGAUGGAUAGAUUAGAUAGAGAGAGAUAGAUGGACUUUCUGCAGUUUUUAAAAAAGAGAGGUACUCCCUGAUUUGAUUCAAAACAUAUUCACUCACUCUGUAGCGUCGGGCAGCGGUGUGGAAUAGUGGUUAGGGCUCUGGACUCUUGACUGGAGGGUCGUGGGUUCAAUCCCAGGUGGGGGACACUGCUGCUGUAUCCUUGAGCAAGGUACUUUACCUAGAUUGCUCCAGUAAAAACCCAACUGUAUAAAUGGGGAAUUGUAUGUGAAAAUAAUGUGAUAUCUUGUAACAAUUGUAAGUCGCCCUGGAUAAGGACGUCUGCUACGAAAUAAAUAAUAAUGAGACGAAUCCAACUGAGCAGCGAUCUCACUGCAAACAGCAACAGUAUAAUUUGAGCUAAAUCACUGUGCGCCUUCUCUUUUGAAUUGAAAUGUAAAAUCAAACAAUGUCUGGACCAUCAAAAUUACAAGAUUCGAUUCUAAUAAAGUCAUUUAUUAAACCUG